AUGUUUUGUUUCUUUCUUGCUUCUGCCGACUUUUGGUUUGUGUCUUUUUACAGUAAUUUUCAUUGGGCUUAUCUCUUUUCUAAUUUUUUUACAAGCAAUGACCCAUACGAAUCAAACCUAAAAAAGCUCUUGAGUGUUCUGUACUACAAAACUCCUCCUCAGGGUUUUGCUCUUGCUUCUUUGGGUAAGUAUCAAUACCAAACUCACGGUCUUGCUCUCUGUCGAGGUGAUGUUAAUGCCACGGAAUGCAUGACUUGUGUUAACGAGGCCAGCAACGAAAUUCACAAACGCUGCCCAUAUAAUGAAGGUGCAAUUAUCUGGUACGAUAAUUGUCUUUUGAAGUACAUGAACAAAGAUUUCUUCGGCCAGAUCGAUAACGAAAACAAGUUCUACAUGUUGAACGUGAGAAAUGUAAGUAUUAAUCCCAAAGUAUUUAACCAAAAAGCCAGGGAUUUGUUGAGCCGACUGUCCAAGGAAGCGUCUGGCACCCCAAAACUGUAUGCAGUUGGAGAGGGAGAGAUGGGAGAUCAAUCGAAGAAACUCUACGGUUUGGCACAAUGCACAAGGGACCUUUCGAGCACUAAUUGUUUCAAGUGUCUUGAGGGUGCAAUUGAUGAACUUCCUCGGUGUUGUGAUGGGAAAGAAGGAGGGAGGGUAGUUGGGGGAAGCUGUAAUAUUAGAUACGAGAUUUACCCAUUCGUUAAUAAAUUAAUUAUUAGUUAUUAA